GUCCUGGUCAUGGUGCUCUCUUUCUUUUCUUUCUUUCUUUUCUUGUUCCUUACUUAAGAUAAUUCUUGACUGUUAAUCCUCAGUUUUAUCCAAUCUGUAAUAUGUUAUUUCAUACGAAACUGUGCGGCCAGCUCUGCGUUGUGGCGCGGUCAAAACAAAAAUCUGCCUAAACGAGUUCAGACGAGAAACUAACAGGAAGAUUCAAGAAGCCGAAAUGAGUUUAGCAACUAGGGCUGACUUCCCCCUUGAUAAGAGCCGAGGCCAGAGAAGAAAGAAGCGGGAGUUACCUGAUGAGCAGAAGCAGGAGAUCAAAGAGGCAUUUGAUUUGUUUGACACAGACAAAGAUAAACUUAUUGAUUAUCAUGAACUCAAGGUUGCAAUGAGAGCAUUAGGUUUUGAUGUAAAGAAGGCUGAUGUUCUAAAAGUCCUGAAAGACUAUGAUAGAGAUGGAAUUGGCAAAAUAUCCUUUGAAGAUUUCAAUGAAGUAGUAACUGAUAUGAUGUUGGAGCGAGAUCCUCAGCAGGAGAUUUUGAAAGCCUUUAAUCUGUUUGACGAUGAUGGAUCAGGGAAGAUCAGCUUGAGGAAUUUACGCCGAGUUGCUCGAGAGCUUGGGGAGAACAUGUCUGAUGAAGAACUGAGAGCCAUGAUUGAUGAGUUUGACAAGGAUGGAGAUGGAGAAAUCAAUGCUGAGGAGUUUAUGGCCAUAAUGACAGGGGACACGUAACCAUGAUUAUUAACCAACUUGACCAAUAAGGCUCAUGUCCAUCCAGUCUUUCAUAGAAAAUGACUGCUAACAAGUAACUGUGUUGACCAACCACUAAGGAUUGUUCCUGUCCAGGCUUUGAAGGCAGCAUGGUUAUACUUACAUGACCAUUAAAAGGAACAUGGGAAGAUAGUAUCUACUGCUGCUCACCAAUUACUGUUUGUUGUUUCAUUGUCUUUGUUUUGUUGUACAAGCACAGUGAACAAUAGUGCUUUAAGCUUAAGUCAGUUGUUUGAUUCAGUGAUGUUGAUGGUUGGUAGAAACCAUUUGUUUUAUUUAAAUAUUUCAGAAGUCAAAUAGAUGAAAAUGAAAGUUGUUCAACAUGUAUGUUACUCAGACACUCUGGCAUAUUAAGCUUGGUAAACAUGUGCCACCCAUUAAGCUAUAUUCAUUAAUUCAUUUCAUGUGGCAGUAAGCUGGUCAUUUAUGAGGAGAACAAAACUCCAUUCAAGAAAGUACUUUUAGCUUCAUUUAUUUAUUCCAUAGUGUUUUAUGUUCCGUCAUAACUACUUUGAGGUAGCUAGCAAUUUCAAGUCAAAUGCAGUAAGAAUGUGAUUAGAAAGAUACAGUUUAUUAUAUACUUGUAAGUUGAUUUAGCAGGUACAUGUUUAAAUCCAGGUAGAACAGCAGGAGCUAAGCUUAAUAUAUUCUAUAUGCUCUCUCAUUAGGAUUUGCAGGGUGGUGAGUAAAUGCCAGUGUGUGUCACAAGACAAAAGUCUGUGGCCAGAAAACAAUACCAGUCAAACACAGAUAAAAGUUUUGGUUGUAGGUUUAGCGUAUUUGUUACAAUGCAGACAUUGUUUUUAACAUUUGUAAUGAUUCAUAUAGUUCAUUGUGGCAAAGUGUCACUCAGGUCUGUGGUCACAGCUCAUCACAGCACAUUGUCUCAUAAGUCUGUGGCCAUUCUGUUUAUUGGGUUUCCCCGGGAUCUGCCCAGUUUCCUCCCGCCAUAAAAAUAACUGCCAUGGUAUAAAUGAAAAUCCUUGAGUAUGGCGUUUAGCAACAAUUAAAUCAAAUUUAUCCGUCCUUUUGUGUACUGUGUAUAUGUUCUCCUUGAACAGAAUCGUUGUAAAACGAAAUGACUUUUGUUAAUUCAUCUUCAUGUAAAAUAUCAUUCCAAGGCAGGUUGUAAUGUGUUAAAUGUU